AUCUGUAAAUAUUUGGUUUGAUUGACAGAUUUUAAUAUUAAUCUGUCAAUCAUUGUUUUAUUCUUGUUUUUGAUAUUAUGGGAUGUAAUGACUGAAGCUUAUUAAAUGUCCUGUAAUGCGAGCUGCAGUUCUGGGUCUCACUGGAAGGGGGCGCUGUUACACCGGAAACGGCUGAAUGUCAACGAAGAAGAAGCAGAAACCGCAGCGGCAGAAGAAGAAGAAGAAGAAGCGGCUAACAGCAGUUAGCAGCUGGCUAACAGGAGGCUAAAGCUAACGGGAUGUCUGCGACCUCCAAGGUGGUUCUGGGAGUUUCUGUAGUUCUGACUCUGAGCACCGUGACCGGGGUCCACCUCAAACAGACCUGGGACCGACAGCGUCUCCACGAAGGCGUGGUCAGAGAUCUGGAGCGGCUGGAGAGGAAGAAGGAGAAUCUGAGGCUGCUGGAGGAGCAGCAGAGUCUGACCCGACAGCUGGAGGAGGAGAGACUGCGCAGAGCGACACAGCGCCCCCCCCGCAGGAGCACUGAGACACAGCCCCCCCCCAGCAGGAGCACUGAGACACAGCCCCCCCCCCGCAGGAGCACUGAGACACAGCGCCCCCCGCAGGAGCACUGCGGUAUCGCCGACGGCGCGUACGUGUCUGUGCACCGAUCCGACAGCACGGUAUCGCAGCUAACUUUAAGGUGCAGUGGCUGAGGCCCAGCGAUGGACAGCAGCAGUGAGCAGCUGGGAGGAGGCGAGGACGAGGCGACCUGCACGUCAGCCUCUGAGGGUCUGGAGGAGGGGGAGGUGGAGGGGGAGAC